AUGCGGUUAUUCAGUCUGCAGGAAUGUGGACACCUGGCCUGGUCCCCUGUUAGCAUGCAGUUUGCCUUGGCUACGUCAAGUGCAAACAUAACUGAGACAUUUGUCAGUGAGACUUCGCUCUCUGUUUAUUCUUUGGACAUUGACUCCGUUACGCCUGUCCGUGAGUUCAGCUGGCCGUUUGCGGCAGAAUUCACAUGUCUCCUCUGGAGCACAAGCGAUAGUAUUAUAGCAGGAUUCGAGGAUGGAUCUCUUUCUAUAGGUCCAUGGAAUGAUAUGGGAAAUGCAAUACGCCUGCAAGCACACAAUGCAGCUUUGUCGGCUCUUUCAUGUUCAGAGGCAUAUUCACUCCCCCUCCUAGCAACGGGGUCUGCCACAGGCGAAGUAUCAUUUUGGGAUCUCAAUACUCGCGCCCUUUGGCAUGCAGUCAAGAGCCGUGAAGGGGCUGCAGCACACCAUGGUGCGAUUGUGCAAAUCAGUUGGAACCCUAAAGUGCCAAGAAUAUGCUGCACUGCUUCUCAGGAUGGCACUGUCAGCAUAUGGGACAUGGACAAAAAGGGUGGUCUUAUGAGCCUUCGUGGAGAUGACACGCCUCUUGUUUCAGCUCUCUUUAGUCCCGAUGUGGCGACUGUUGUGUUUACUGUCAACACUGCGGGCCUGGUUUCCAUGUGGGACUUACGGCAAAAGACACAUCCUGUCUCAACCAGCCGUCUUCAGUUACCAGCUAAUGUAGUCCCUGAAUCCAUGUUUAUCCAUCAAUACGAAAAAACCUUCCUUUAUAUUCCGACCAGUGAUGGGAAGUGCUUUUUCUUUCUUCCUAAGCAGACAGACCUGGUCUUCAUGGGUUCGAUCGAUAGCAUUGGUACACAUAUUAAUGCGUCGCCUUUUUAUCCUGGCUAUUUCCUCUCGCAAGUGUGCGAUCCGGUGCAAUUUUCUUCAAAAACAGAAGGGCAUUUCCUUCCUUCUCUGAUUCCGUUACCUCUGCUUUCCGAGCAUGUAGAAUUGUUACCUUCACCUGUUCUUCUCCACCCUCUUUUUUUGUUUGCGGAAAACUGUCCCGAAGACAUUUCGGACAACUAUGAUUUUGCUCCGCGUGCAAUAGUAAGCAUUGAUUCCCAUAAUGUUAUGAUAGAUGGAAAACAGCGACAGAGCAUGGAGGGGCUGUUUUCGCUGACACAAGUUCGCGACGCGGGAGCUGUGCUGUCUCAAAUAGAGCACGUGCUUGCUGUUCCUAUUGAUGCCCAUUCUUGCCCUUUGCCGUUGCACACUGAUCUCUCUCUUCAACCACCAGACAAGAUCUUUCGUGCUCUUCUAUCCGCUGGAUCGUCUGGAAUUUUGUCUUGGCUUACCAGUACCGAGGCCUCUUCAAAGAUAAAUUUUGUUAAGCAAGUUGUGGCACACCCCGCGUCACAGCCUGUGGUAGCUUCUGAUGGAAGAGACUUCUUUGAUGAUAUCCAGAAUUCCUUCCCCGACUCCUUUCCCGAGAAUGAAAUUCUCGAACCUUCUGUUUCUGCAUCCGAUAGGUUUUCGUCGUAUUAUUCAUUUUUGUAUAACAACGAUCUGGAGUCUGCGGCAGCUUAUGCAGCCAACAGUGGAGAUUUUGGGUUAGCCUUCUACAUUGCUUCCAAGAAAAGUAAUAAGGAGCUCCUAAACUCUGUGUCAGACUCUUUUAGGAAAGCAAUGAAAUCCAACUUCAUAAAGGCUGUUGAUAGCAUGGAGACAGGUUAUGCAGCUAUCAUAGAGUGUCUUCCGCCAGAAAACUGGUUCUAUCAUCUAAAAAUUGCUGCCUCAUAUGGUGGCGAACAGGCAAUACGAGAAGUCGCUGCAACUCUCUUGCAGAGGUCUACUAGCUUUUCGCCAUCUUUAUUGACCGCAUUAACAAUAUUGGCGGGACGCAUUCCAGAAGCCUUUGAGUUGGCUGCGUCGACAUCAAGCCUUUUAGAUACACUAGUUAUGGGUCUCCUCUGUGUGUCGCAGGGAGUGUCGAUGACGGGUGGCGGUGUCUUUAGAAUCCUGGAGGGGCUAGUCGAUAUUGUUGUUUCACAAGGUGAUGAGAAUCUUGCAGCAACGCUUCGUGGUAAGUUUUCUCUUAACAAGUCAAAUCUAACGCCUCAAAGUGCCCCAUUUGUGGAAAAAAUCCAGGAGAAGGGGGCUCCUCUGAGUUCUACAACACAUACAAAACAAGGGCGUCGUAGUCGAGCUUCUACUAUACCACAAGUAACUGGUAAUACCCUACUACCUCCACAACUUGCUACUGCGUCUCUGUUUUCUGGGCCUGCUCCACCUGCGCCAAUUACGGCAUCUAUCGCCCCAGGAAUGUCAUCAACUCAAACUUCGGUACCGUUAGCAGUGCCCCCUAUGUCUUAUACUACUCCGGCUCAAACCGCUUCUUCUUUCCCUGCUGUUCCUCAAAUUGCUUUGAAUUCAGCUAUUACACCACCGAUACCUCAUAUACCAAUGGCACAACCAUCUGUUCAACCUCAGUCAGCUGUUUUACCUCUCGAAAGCCCGCAGACUCCCAUCUUGUCAAUAGCUCAACCGCCUUCAGUGAUAUCAGCCCCUUCCGUUAGACUACCACAGGCAGAGGUACCACUUGCUGCUCCUCCGUCUAUUACAGCUCCUGCGCCCCCAACAGUUAAUGGAGCAAUUUCUACAGAAGUUGUGCAAGUAACUACAACAACAGCGCCACAGGCCCGAGCGCCACGUCGUCAACCAACUCAGUCAUUAUCGGCGGGCCAACCUUAUGAUGUAAUUCAUAAUAUCGCGACAAACGGAUCAGCAAAUGCAGAGAGAUUUAAGGCACUUGUUUUACGCUAUGCUGAUGUUGAUCAAUUGGGAUUUUUGAAAUAUUACACGAAGCUAGGCGAUUGUAUUAUUCAUCUUGCAGAGCAAGGGGUGCUUUCAGCAGACACUAUUAGUGUCCUUGGACGGUACAUUGCUGGACUGGAAAUGGGAAAUGGACAGGCUGCAACGGAGGCUAUAAAAGGUAUGGCAGCGCGCAAGCAGCGUCUCUACACUGAAGAGCUUUCUACGUGGGCCGCACCGCUGAAGAUCAUGGCGCGGGCGCUCUGCAAGUAA